CGUAUACGUUAAAUAGGUGGCAUCAGGCGUAGGGCAAAUGUCACGUCUUCAUGUCGUGUCGCUUAGUGUCAUGUCUUCACCUAGUGUCAUACACACUGCACGGCCUAUCGCAUCACAUAAAGCAUAUAAUAAGGAGCCUUUCGCAGAGACAACUUGUUACCAUUAUGUAUCCAAGCUGCGGACUGCUGUUCGUCGAAAAACUUGCCUAUCAGUACCCAACAACCUCCUCUGUCUCCGCAGCAGAGCAUAAUCCCCUAUAGAACGAGAAAUUAUAGACAGACACCUCAAUACCAGCCAAGCAGAAGCACCGUCAGCGCAGCAACAACGGUUUUACCGGUCAUGUUAAUGGUGCCAUGUUAAUGGCAAAUACUGGUACUACAGUCUGCGCCAAGGCCCGUGGCGCGGGCUUUCAAUCAAAAGCAUUUUUCCUUCUAUGGUCCCUCGUCGCGUGCUCCAUUGUGAAUGUCGCCGGUGCGGACCGGGCAACCGCAAGGAGACCCAGCUACAUGUCCUUUCGAGGCCAAGAGCCCUCCACGCUAGACGGGCCCAGGGCCGACAGCGCUCAACGGAGCUCACAUGCGCAGUACUACAAGCACCAGGGGGAUCGGCGCUGGCUGAGUGUAGGGGCUGCGGAGCCUAACACGAUAUCAUCACCCAGCACGCAGCCGCCAAACCCUGUCCCACCCUCUUUUCCAAGUCCUGCGCCGCCUACCUACCUCACAGCAAGCCAUCCACUGCCUCCUCCCAGCCCCUAUCCCUCCUACCCGCCCUCCCCGGUGCCAUCCUACCCGCCCAGCUCCACACUUUCCUACCCGCCCUCCCCAGUGCCUUCCUAUCCGCCCAGCCCUGCACCCUCCUACCCGCCCUCCCCGGUGCCAUCCUACCCUCCCAGCCCCGUGCCGACAGUGCAUGAAGUCUCUCCUUCGCCCAACCCUCCCUCUCCUCCCAGCAGCCCUGUGCCGCCUAUCUACCUCACAGCAGCAAGCCAUCCACCACCACCCAGCCCUCCACCACCUCCUCCCAGCCCUGCACCCUCCUACCCGCCCUUCCCGGUGCCAUCCUACCCUCCCAGCCCCGUGCCGACAGUGCAUGAAGUCUCUCCUUCGCCCAACCCUCCCUCUCCUCCCAGCAGCCCUGUGCCGCCUAUCUACCUCACAGCAGCAAGCCAUCCACCACCACCCAGCCCUCCACCACCUCCUCCCAGCCCUGCAC